AUGGAGGAGACAGACCGGGAAGCUGUUGCGACAGCGGUCCAGAGAGUCGCUGGGAUGUUGCAGCGCCCUGACCAGCUGGACAAAGUAGAGCAGUAUCGCAGAAGAGAAGCUCGUAAAAAGGCCUCUGUGGAGGCCAGAUUGAAGGCCGCGAUCCAGUCCCAGCUGGACGGUGUGCGCACAGGCCUGAGCCAGUUGCACAGUGCGCUCAGCGAUGUGAAGGACAUCCAGCAGUCACUGGCGGACGUCAGCCAGGACUGGAGACAGAGCAUCAACACCAUCGAGAGCCUCCGGGAUGUCAAGGAUGCCGUGGUGCAGCACAGCCAGCUUGCUGCCGCUGUGGAGAACCUCAAGAACAUCUUCUCAGUGCCGGAGAUCGUCCGAGAGACGGAGGACCUGACGGAGCAGGGGGAGCUGCUGCAGGCGCACCGGAAGCUGAUGGAUCUGGAGUGCUCCCGAGACGGCCUGAUGUACGAGCAGUACCGCAUGGACAGCCGGAACACUCACGACAUGACGCUCAUCCAGGGCUACUUCGGCAGCAUGCAGCGCCUGUCGGACGAGCUGGCCAAGCAGCUGUGGAUGGUGCUGCAGCGGUCCCUGGUCACCGUCCGGCGCGACCCCACCCUCCUGGUCUCUGUUGUCCGCAUCAUUGAACGUGAGGAGAAGAUUGACAGACGCAUGCUGGACCGCAGCAAGCAGACCGGCUUCAUCCCACCCGGGAGGCCUAAAAAGUGGAAGGAGAAGAUGUUUGCUAUCUUGGACAGAACUGUGAGCACCCGGAUCGAGGGCACACAGGCUGACACACGCGAGUCUGACAAGAUGUGGCUGGUCCGGCACCUGGAGAUCAUUCGCAAGUAUGUCUUGGAUGACCUCAUUGUCGCAAAAAACCUGAUGGUGCAGUGUUUCCCUCCCCAUUAUGACAUCUUCCGAAACCUCCUGAACAUGUACCACCAGGCCCUCAGCACACGGAUGCAGGACCUGGCAUCAGAGGACCUGGAAGCAAAUGAGAUUGUGAGCCUAUUGACUUGGGUCCUGAAUACCUACACAAGUGCGGAGAUGAUGGGAAACACGGAGCUGGCCCCGGAAGUGGACACCGAUGCCCUGGGGCCCCUGCUGUCCCAGCACGUUAUCUCCGAGUUGCUCGGCACGUACAUGUCCACUCUCACUUCAAACAUCAUUGCGUGGCUGCGGAAAGCACUGGAGACAGACCGGAAGGACUGGAUCAAGGAGACCGAACCUGAGGCUGACCAGGAUGGCUACUACCAGACCACACUUCCUGCCAUCGUCUUCCAGAUGUUUGAGCAGAAUCUUCAGGUUGCCGCUCAGAUAAGUGAAGAUUUGAAAACAAAGGUACUGGUUUUGUGUCUUCAGCAAAUGAAUUCUUUCUUAAAUAGAUACAAAGAGGAGGCGCAGCUCUACAAGGAGGAGCACCUGAGGAACCGGCAGCACCCGCACUGCUACGUCCAGUACAUGAUUGCCAUCGUCAACAACUGCCAGACCUUCAAAGAGUCCAUAGUCAGCUUAAAAAAGAAGUAUUUGAAAAGUGACGUGGAAGAGGCCAUGUCUGUGAGCCAGCCCAGCAUGGAUGCGGUCUUGGAUGCCAUUGCCAAGGAAGGCUGCAACAGCCUGCUGGAGGAGGUCUUCCUGGACCUGGAGCAACAUCUCAAUGAGUUGAUGACCAAGAAGUGGCUCUCCGGAUCGAAUGCCGUGGACAUCAUCUGUGUCACCGUGGAAGACUAUUUCAAUGACUUUGCCAAGAUUAAGAAGCCGUACAAAAAGCGGGUGGCAGCGGAGGCGCAUCGGCGCGUGGUGGUGGAGUACCUGCGUGCCGUCAUGCAGAAGCGCAUCACCUUCCGCAGUGCUGAGGAGCGCAAGGAGGGCGCUGAGCGCAUGGUCAAGGAGGCCGAGCAGUUCCGCUUCUUGUUCAGGAAGCUGGCGUCGAGCUUCGGAGAGGAUGCAGAUGGGCACUGUGACACCAUCGUGGCCAUCGCAGAGGUCAUUAAGCUCACGGACCCUUCCCUGCUGUAUCUGGAGGUCUCCACGCUUGUCAGCAAGUACCCAGAUAUCAGGGAUGAGCACAUUGGCGCGCUGCUGGCCAUGCGUGGGGAUGCCAGCCGGGACAUGAAGCAGACCAUCAUCGAGACACUAGAGCAAGGCCCCACGCAGACCGGCCCUGGCUAUGUGCCCCUGUUCAAGGAAAUUGUCGUGCCCAGCCUGACUGUGACCAAGCUGCUCAAGUAG